AUGGACGAUUGGUGUUUGAUGUUUGGUACGAUUGAGAAGAUGGUGGCAACAGAGCAAGUUGAAUUUGUGGAGAGAUUGCGCCCAGGUUUGUGGCUGUCAAUGGGAGACUCGGUAAUGGAGGGGGAGUUUGGUAGAGAUGAUGAUAGUGGGAGGUGUUGUGUGGGUGCAGCUAUGGAGGUGGCUGUGGAGAUGGCUCCCCCAAGCUUUUAUUUUGCAGAGACUACAUUUUCUCCUGACUACAUUUUUUAG